GGCACAUCUUACGCUGAAAUGAGGCAGUGACAAAGUCUCUGGUUAGAGAACUGUCACAUAUGACUUUCUGUUUGGUUGUGGUCGCCUAAUCUUUCCUGCUGAUUUCUGAAAAUCCCUCUUGGUGGUGUUUCAAGUAUGUUAUGUAUAGUCCACAGUAGGCUAUGUGUGAGGGAUACUAAAAUGUAUUGUAGGAAGAUGCUGUCUUAACCUUGGUUCUGCUUCUCUCUAAGACAUAUGUUGCUCGCAGUCCGUCCAUUCCUGUACUGAAGUGCAACAUUUAGGAAAUUGUGACAUUUAUUUGCCCGGCUCUAUACGCAGAGGACCUUUCACUUCAGUUUGCACUUGAAGUCUCACCACCCUUGAGGAAUGCAGUGUUAAAAGAACGCAUAUGCAGGUGGAUCCCUCUCCAAUGAAUAUAGGGGAUGGAGGUACAGUGAGCCGAGAGAGCGGAGCUCCAGCCAGGGCAUCCGGGACCAUGGUGGGCAACCCCCCGCAGACACUUCCCCCCGAGCUCCGAGGAGACGUACCGCACAGCCAGCAGGGAAAGCUGAGGACCGCCCCCGACUGCAAGACACCGGACGCGUGUUCGGAGGCCACUCACUCCAACUACUGCUCUGACGCCCUUCCCCCGUCCCAGAAGGGUCAUCAUACUCCAGUUCCGGGCCCCCCGGCCAUGAAUUCCACUUUACACGAGAGAGCGGAGUGCCACAAGGCCAAGGCCGACGGCAGCGCCGGGGUCUACCCUGCUCACCCGUGGACUGGCGGGAAAAAGGCUGGCGUGGAGGGCCCUGUGAAUGCAAGUCAUGGGGCAAUGGGCAUGAAUAAGAAGAACUGUGCUCCAGGCCCCUCGGUCAUUAGCCUCCCCCCUGGCUUCCAGUGUUCCACGCUGUUCCUUUCCUCCACCAACUUCCCCUCUCCACUCUGUAAGAUCACCCUGCCUCCGGGCACCGGGCAGAUCGCUGCACUGAGAAAGGCCACGGCCAGCCAGUUCCAGAAGGUACCCGAGGGUGCCCAGCAAACCCCACCGAACGCCCAGAGCCCGGGCGUGGCCCCUCUGCUGCACACGUACCCAUACCACUUCCAAGCAGGGCGAGGCCCCGCUUCCGAAAAGAGACCCCCCUCGACAAAGCUCCGAUGCGACGCGUCCAGCAGCAAAAACUCUAAGCUGGGGAUAGAGCAAAAGACUCCCGCUGCUUCUGCAGUGUCCCCCAGCAUCACCGUCCCAAUUCAGCCCCAACCGCCCUCUCCCGCACCCCCAACGCGCUUCACUAUCUCCCCCUCGGCUGCCAUCUGUUGCAGCCCUGCACUGGCCAAUGUUACCACUCCUAAGUUACUGAACCUCAUGGACAAAGGUCCACCUUACCGCAGUGCUGAUAAGACACCAUUAGCGUAUUUGAAACUGAAGUCUCCAUCCGCCACAGAGGAGCACACUGUUGGAUGCUCUAUCGAGGAGAGGGAUGUACCUCUGGAUCUGUCCUCCAAGUCCAAACGACAGAAGAGCAACACCAGUGAACUCCAGAGCAACCCCGCGCCUGCCACAGAGCAUCGCCCAACUGAGGGUAAUCAAAAGAAUGUCCCAAAUACUCUGAAAAGGACCCAGGCCACUGGUUUUGCUUCAGCUCCAUAUUCCAUUUUGCCGGACACCCAGAGAAAUGGCUCUAAUCCAAAGCCCCCUUCAUCCAAGCUGUUCAACCAUCAAACACUUGAGCCAGCAACGUCCUGGUCCAAACAUUCAACCAUCAACACCAUCCCCGGGACCUAUGUUGGUGUUGCUAGUCCAAUUCUAGCUUCAACUCUACGCAGCAAAGACGGUAAAGGGGCAGCUUUUGUGGAAGACCUCCAAAGUUUCGCUAAGCAGGAGACCAUCUCCAUUGUGGACCAAGGGGAGCAGCUUUCCUCUCUUGGGAAGGAGCCGCCAUUUGCGGCGAAAAGCUCCCAGCACAGCAAAAGCGUCAAACUCCCAAACAGCACUAGCUCUGUUGGAGCACAGGCGUAUCCCUCCAAGGACACUCUCCCCACGGGCCUGCCACCUCCGGCCAACUCGCACCUCCAUCGGAAGGGUGCCAGCGGCAAGGCCCCAAUCUCGUACCCUCCCGCUGGCAUCAAGCCGUUGUGGGAAAAACCUGCUGUGCUCCCUCAGGGGACAUCGGUCCAGCGAAAGGCCGUCCAGGGAAGUCCCAAAACCAAGGCGGCAGCUAGCUGCGAGGGAACAGUGUUCCACCCUCCUCCCAAGCUGGAAGAUGAGAAGUGGGGGAUAAAUAACAAGUCUCCUCUGUCGAACUUGGAGUCCAUAGUCAAGCAAAAGGCCCUGGAGACCACAGCUCUCACUGGUGAGACCUACUGUGGACUGUCCUCUGUUGGGUCCCGGAGACCAGAGAUAACAAGCCCUCUCACGGGGUGCCAGAACUCUCCGCUGCAGCCGCCAGCCCCUGUUGGAAUCCCACCUUUCCGAUCAGUGGAGAGGAGGGACUCAAAGCCGGAGAGAACCUCCUUUACAGGGGAGCCCAUGCAAACCAGCAAACGCCCAGAGAAACUGCUCGCUGCAGGGCAGAGAGAGAAUAGUAUGGACAAGCGUGGGAAGUCGGAGGAGAGCAAGGCGAGCAAGGAAAGCGAAGCACCCAGCAAAAAUUCCUGGUCGAACCAAUUGUCCAGUGGUGACAGUCAGGGCAGCAGGGAGGAGACGGAGAAAGAUGUAGCUGAGAAAAGAGCAGCGGAGAUUGAGAAGGAGAAGUCAGCAGCCCAGAAGGAGCCCUCAUCACAAAUAAAGGUCGAGGGCAUCGCACUGUCCAUGCUUCAGGGUCAAACUGCCGUGGAGACAAAGGUGGAGAGGAGAACUAACGGCACCAAAGAAGCCUCCGCUUUCAGUGACCGAGGCACCGCGAACAAACAGAAGGCCAGUCCGAAAAAGGCAGGGAAGGAGAAAGCAACACUAGAGAGGCCGAAGAAAACCCCUCCUAAGAGACCACUGGACAAGGACAGCCCUAAUGCGAAGCAAGGGAGUCUCCUCAAGAAGAGAAAGGUGUCGCCCGCAGCACCAAACCAGGGCCUUGAGAAGGAGGCGUCCGCCCCACAGCCAAAGGAGGGGACGAAGCGGCGUAAGGGGAAGAUUGCUGACCCUACCUUGGCACCAGAGACCCCCGGACCAGCUUCCAGCAAAGCAGAUGCUGAGAGCACCCCUGCUACCGGUUCCAGGGGCCCCACAGAUAAUCAGGCAUCCCACAACAGCCCCAGCCGGCCAGGCAAGGAGACGCCUGCCUCCCUCGACACCCCCAGCUCCAGGCCGAGGAGGGGCAGACGCCGCUCGGAGGAGAUGCUACAAAGCGACUGGGGCUUUGCCGCCACGUCUCCUCCCCCUCCUCCUCCUCAUCCACCACCCGCAGAACCCCCCAGCGGCACACCUCCGCCCCCGGCUAGCACUCCUGCGGUUCCCGUGCGCAGACCCCGGGGCAGGCCGCGGCUCAACCCCCUGCCGGAGGACGCCGAGCUGGGGAAGGCCAGGCCGACACCGGCCGCCGAGGCAGAGACACCCGCCAUGAAGAAAAGACGGAGAUGCAGGAAUAGGAAGUACCAGAAUGGGGAGUACAUCACGGACAAGCACAAGGCCGUGGAUGGUGAGAGGGAAGAGCGGUACACCUCAACCAGGCAGAGCGCUCGAAUGGGAACAGAUGCGAGGACUGGCAUGUACCCGCGCCUCAGCGCCACGCUGACCCGCCGAUCGCCGAGCCCGGACCUCAGUCCCCGGAGACCUUUGUUCACACGCUCCGGUUCCAUCCGGCGCCAGGACGGCCAAAGCCCCGCGGACUCCACGGACAAGCCGGCGGGGAAGAGGAAGUUCAAGAGCAAGCAUUUAAUCACGGACUCCGAAGACCAGAAGAAGCUGAAGACCAAACGCGGAAGCUUGGGCAAGGACGAGGAGAGCCCUGUGGCUAAGAAGCCGGGGGGCACUUUGGCCUCUCCCAAGGGGCUGCCCUCGCCGGUGCCCGUCAGGAAAGGCCCCUCGGGGAGGGGAGGAGUGGCUCCUGAGUCGCCCCCAGGUCGCCCCGUUCCCCCCGAGGUCCGACGGCUGAUUGUCAAUAAAAACGCUGGGGAGACUUUGCUUCAAAGGGCUGCCCGCCUGGGGUACCAGGAUGUGGUUCUUUACUGCCUGGAGAAAGACGCACAAGAGGUCAAUCGCCGCGACAACGCCGGGUACACAGCGCUCCAUGAGGCGUGCGCCCGUGGCUGGACACACAUAGUGCAGCUGCUCCUGGAGCACGGGGCCGACGUCAACUGCAGCGCGCAGGACGGCACACGGCCGAUUCAUGAUGCGGUGGCGGCCGAUAACCUCCCUGCUGCGUGGAUUCUGCUUCACCACGGGGCUGACCCCAGUCUGGCCACCUACUCUGGACAGACUGUGGUCAAGCUGGCCCAGAGCCCAACAAUGAAGAGCUUUCUCAAAGAGUAUUUCACUGACUUGGAGGGACGCACUGACCAGGACCCCAGCCUUCCGUGGGAGUUCUACAGCAGCGCGGUGUUCGAAACGGACGAGGACCCGUGCUGGGACUUCCUAUUGUCCGGGCCUGAUGAGGACGACGGUGGGUCGGAGUCCGGCCAAGACAAGGAUUCGGAUGCCGACUGCUUGUUGUUUGAGUUCUCCUCCGAGCCACUCUUGCCCUGUUACCACGUUCAAGUAGCACUGACACAAGGGUUCUGCAACUGGUUCCUGUUGUCUGACGUCCUGAAACGGCUAAAGAUGUCGGCUCGGAUCUUCCGGGCGCGCUAUCCGCACUUGGAGGUGGCGAGCAUCCCCAAGGUGGAGCUGAAGAAGCAGGUGUCCAUCAGCCAGACCAACUCACCGCCCACGGAGCUGCAUGCGGACGAGGAAGACGAGGAGAAGGAGGAGGAGCAGGAGGAGGAAGAGGAGGAAGGAGAUGAGACAGGCGUGCUGGUGGAUCUUGUGCGCUGCGUGCCUGAGCUACAGGGACUGUUAGGCUCCUCCAUCCAGCUCCUCCGAGCAGAUGACGAGGACGAUGAGGAGGAGGAAGAGGAGGAGAAGAAGAAGAAGACGAAGAAAAAGGAGAGGGAGAGAUCCGAGGAAGAGCGUGAUAGGAGGAAGAGGAGGAGUGAUGGCAACAGACUAUGUAGCCGGUAGCUGUACCUCUCACCCCCCCCCCCAGCUGAACCCAAACCUGAACGGAAUCUAAACCUUUAACCCAAACCCUGCCAGAGCUCGACCGCACUCCCCAGGCUUCUCCAGAGAGCACUAGAUCAAAAUGAACCUGUGACAGAAGUGCCGUCCGUUAUUGUGACCUUGGGAAAAGACGAGUUUAUCCCAUGUCGGGUCAGGGUGUGUGUGUGUGUGUGUGUGUGUGUGUGUGUGUGUGUGUGUGUGUAGGGAGGGGGUGGGUGGGUUAUACUAUGGCAACCAGUUUCCUGUUAACCAGUACCAGCACUUUCUACGUUUCAGCUUCUCCAGAGGAGACCUUGUUUGUUUUUGGUUUGUUUUGUUUUUUCACAGGCUCGCUGUUGACCUUUGACCUCUGUAUUGUAAAAUGCAGAGGUCACUGGCCAGUGAUAUCACUUCUUACGGUAAUGCCACUGAGGGACUGAUGAUGGGGGAGGAAUGGGUAGUGUUGGGGAGCAACUUUCAGGUUACCUCCUGUGGGUGAUUUUUCAUGCCCUGACAAUUGAAACACCAACUCGCGGUUUUAUGAUAAUCCAUAGGUGUACUUGUAAAUAUAUACUGUAUGUAUAUCUUGCCAGCAGGGUGAACAUAUGGUUGUAAUGUAUGCUUGAUAUUUGUUUUGCAGGGGGUUGUUUUUGUUUUCAGACGGUGGGGUUUUUCUUUCUUCCAGGGAGAUAAUCCAAGGCUUUUUUUGUUGGGAUUUUUCCCCCUUCUUUAAUUGGUGAACUCUUGUGUGCAGCUAAGAAGCUUACUUUCAGCUCACUGUGGCAAGAGGGCCACUGAGCCAGAUGGCUGACGGUAAACCUGUGUGAACCCCAGCGUUCAGCCGGGAAGGCCCUGGGAGAGAGAAGACAGCCACGCAUCACCUCAUCUGAAAUCAAAAUGGCCUCCUCCAGCACCCCCCACCCCUCCCUACCCUCUUACUGAGGUGACUGGAAUGAAAAAGUAUUGUGGCGCUUUGUACCUGACUGCCGUGCUUCUAAAUUUGGUCCUGUACAACAUUUUUUUUUUUUUUUUUUUUUUUUUUUUAAAGCGAUUCUGCAGGCUUGUGUUGAUUUGAGGAGAGAAGGAUGGAGCUAUUCAACCUCACCUUGAUGCCCACAAUAAGCACUUUGUGUCUUAAACAUCUACGAGGGCUGAUUUAAGAGAUGACAAAGGAAGUGCUGGCUCUUCUGCUUUCACUAAUGCAGUAAUUUUGAAAUCGUUGACAAUAAGACAGGACGCCAUUUUCUUUUUAUUACUGGAGAUGAAGUGGGGCAUCGGACAGUUAAGAUGAGACUCAUGUUCUUCUUCCUGUCUCCGCUUCCCUGUGUCAUGGCCUGAGUCAUACAACACUAAUUUUUAGUUGACACUGAGCAUGGUCUUUUAUUUCCUUCUCUCCUCAUUUUGUUUGCCGUGCAUUUACGUGAUAAAUCGUUUUUGAAUCAUGCCAUUAUGCCAGUAUUUUGGGCUCCAACAAAAAUCUGGUGGAACAAAUAAAUAUGAAGGUUUAUGAGCUUGAAUAACUAGAUUCCAGGACCUGGGGUGAUUGUCAUCCUUUAAUUUUGAUGUUAUUGACCUCAUGAAAUGGACUUGUGGUUGGUGAUUAUUUUUCAGUCUGUUUGAUUCUCCCAGACCCCCCUCCCCACUUCCAGUCAAAAAUAAAACAAAACAAAAAAUUCAGUCAACACUGAAACCUGCACUUUGCUCCACUGCAACACUAUCAAGAGGGUCGGAAAACAACAGCUAUCCCUCUCCGGUCUCCCCUUCCAACCCACCCCUCCCCAGUUGGCGAACAGGCUCCAGAAAAAUGGAGUGUGUGUGUAAUGUUUUUUGUGUUCUUUACACUGUUAAAUUGUCAUUUGUGCUUAAUUUAAUAGUCAUUAAUAUAUUUGACCUUUUUGUGUAUUUGAAAAAUGAUAUAUGGAAAAAUGGCUUUGUAUGGUUGGUGCUUUAUUUGAAAUGUACAAAUGAUCCUUUUGCCCAGAGAUUGGUUUUUGUUCCCCUCUCAUUGCAGACAGUAUUUUAACAAGCGAAGGUACAGUUUUAUUGUACUGGUGCUAAGCUAGAUUUUGUGUUGACAAUCAAUGAUGUUUUGUUUGAAAUUUAAAGGAAAAAAAACAAUAAAUGAUAUUUAAAUGAAGAAACCUGAAACAAUGAGACUAAGAAAUAGUUUCAUUAUACAUGGAAGAUGGAAUUAAAUGGAACAUACAUUUUGACAAUGCAUAGAAACAGAUGGCCAAAGAACCCUUAGCCGUUUCAUCCCUGAGAGUGGUUCCCAAAGUUUCCUUUAUCUUUUGGACAAACGGGGAUGUUUCAGUGGUCACGAGGGAGGCAAAGGCUGACAUAGUAACUACCAACGCCCGCAUCAUACAUCUUUGUAAACCUCCGUUUUGAGGUCUCCCGACGUUGGGCAGGUGUUGGGAGAGAGUCGCGGAACAAAACCCAGACAUGUACAGUAUGAAUAACGUUUGAUUGCACGUGCCUUUAGUUAGGUAGGCUAGUGGACCACGCUUGUUUUUUCAAGAAAUCCACGUUAAUUGGGGGACAUUGGAUAACUAAAUGUGUGCUAUAUACUACAAAGACGUAGGCUACUUUUUAAACUGUCAAGGUAGUGACUGGGGUGGGGUCUAGUCUCUGUCAGCUGCCUGCUAGCCUACACUCAUUUUGAUGAAGGCCUAAUGCCACCAAAAUUGACUUGUGACUUAUCAAGUCCACACGCACACUUGGCCAAGAUUUGUAUCGGAUCCGCCUGCGGACACCCUUCGAAAAAAAAAUGGACAGGAUCGAGUAAAGGUUUGAUCUUGAGUUAUUUAUGAAUUAAUUCAGAGGCACCUCAGACCAGGAUUCUCAGUUCACACCUGCUACACCCGCGCCAAUGAGGAUCCCAGUGCGCCAAAUUCGAAAUAGAAGUAGGAUUAGAGUUUCUGUUUUGUCUAGCCUUACAAAAAGUGACAACAGUUUUUUGUGCCAAAAUCGCAUUUUUCUUAUGUCAAAACUGCAUUGUUUGAGAAAUUCCUUGCAGUUGAUGUGCAGAAAUGCAGUAUUUUGGACAUGACUAAUGUAGUGCAACCCAAACUACAUUUAGGCACGUUGUAACCUUCAGAAAGUCAUUACUGCAGUUAUUUUUUGAUUACCGGGGCAGUUCCCAGAGUCCAGUGUCCAGUAGGCCUAAUAGGUUGAGCAGAACUGCAUCUGGUCGAAUUGUCAGAGAAACGUGGAAGGACAUAUGGCUUAAUAUAGGCCAAAUCUGUUCAUUUGAUUAUGAUAAACAUGUUUAUUUACUUUGUUUUUAGUUGCAGUUCUUUAUAUGGAGAAGUUUUGUGUGAAAAGAAAGAUAUAACUAAACCAAUCAUUGGCAUAAGGCAGGAAUUAUUAGAGCAGGAACGCCUAGUUUAUAGACACCGCAUGGAGGCGCUAGUGAUUCACUUUUGUGUCUGCUGAAGUUUGGUGGUUAAUUAAAUUGAAACAGGAUUGACAUCCUUCUCUUUUAGGCGGGUCAAAUCUGUAACGGCUCUUUUUACAGCACCCUGAUGUAUUUCACAGUGAAUAUGAACCAGCCUACAUCCAGGAAACAGCGCAUUUCAGGGCCCAGUAGGCAGCUUGGUAGUAUCUUAAACAUUUGCUGAUGCAAAUUUGUGAAAUGUAGAAACAACUGCCUGAAAAUAUUGUUGACAUUUUGAAAAUAUUGUUGACAAAUGACCAUUUAAAAAAAAAAAAAAGUGGUAGCCUUCAGAUCAUCAGUUACAGUGAGGGUGACUAUAGUGAUGGUGCCCACCUACUAUGUCAAAUAUGUGGCCCGAGGGCUCAACAUUUCUCACAUUCUUGAAACUGUAGGCCUACAUUCUGAAAAGGAAGGCAUUUUGAUUGAGUGUACAUCAGGAUUUCAGACUGAAUGAAAUGUCUUUGUGGCCUAUGUUACGAUAAAUUGGAAAUAAAUUAAAACUCUUGGCUA